GUCGGCCUCCUGAGACAAGACGGCAGCCGCGCCCCGGGCGACUUCGAGAACGUGGGCCGGCUGGGCGUGCCGUACGCCGAGGGCGAGCAGGACCCCGAGGCGAGGAAGCGCGCCUUGAACUCGGAGCUGGCGAACGGUCGCUUGGCGAUGGUGGCCUUCAUGGGCAUGCUGUUCCAGAACGGCACCUUCGGGUCCACCGGCCCUGAGAUGUGGCUGCCGUCGUCCGCCUUCGAGAACGAGCUGGGCGUUCAGGCGCCGGUGGGCUACUGGGACCCGAUGGGGCUCUCCAAGGAUGGCGACAUGACUAAGUUCAAGCGCCGCAGGGCUAGCGAGCUGAAGCACGGGCGCAUAUGCAUGUACGCCACCCUCGGGUACAUCGUGCCAGAGUAUUUCCGGUUCCCUGGGUUCCUGUCGGUGUCCGAGAACCUGAAGUUCGCGGACAUGCCCAGCGGCAUCAACGGCAUGUUCUCCACGCCAGUCGCGGGGGGUCUGCAGAUCUUCCUGUUCAUGGGUUUCCUGGAGGUCGGCCUCCUGAGACAAGACGGCAGCCGCGCCCCGGGCGACUUCGAGAACGUGGGCCGGCUGGGCGUGCCGUACGCCGAGGGCGAGCAGGACCCCGAGGCGAGGAAGCGCGCCUUGAACUCGGAGCUGGCGAACGGUCGCUUGGCGAUGGUGGCCUUCAUGGGCAUGCUGUUCCAGAACGGCACCUUCGGGUCCACCGGCCCUGAGAUGUGGCUGCCGUCGUCCGCCUUCGAGAACGAGCUGGGCGUUCAGGCGCCGGUGGGCUACUGGGACCCGAUGGGGCUCUCCAAGGAUGGCGACAUGACUAAGUUCAAGCGCCGCAGGGCUAGCGAGCUGAAGCACGGGCGCAUCUGCAUGUACGCCACCCUCGGGUACAUCGUGCCAGAGUAUUUCCGGUUCCCUGGGUUCCUGUCGGUGUCCGAGAACCUGAAGUUCGCGGACAUGCCCAGCGGCAUCAACGGCAUGUUCUCCACGCCAGUCGCGGGGGGUCUGCAGAUCUUCCUGUUCAUGGGUUUCCUAGAGGUCGGCCUCCUGAGACAAGACGGCAGCCGCGCCCCGGGCGACUUCGAGAACGUGGGCCGGCUGGGCGUGCCGUACGCCGAGGGCGAGCAGGACCCCGAGGCGAGGAAGCGCGCCUUGAACUCGGAGCUGGCGAACGGUCGCUUGGCGAUGGUGGCCUUCAUGGGCAUGCUGUUCCAGAACGGCACCUUCGGGUCCACCGGCCCUGAGAUGUGGCUGCCGUCGUCCGCCUUCGAGAACGAGCUGGGCGUUCAG